UCCUCUGGAAUGAGUUUGUUUUGACUUCCCUUCCCCCAACCCCGAGGACCUCAGUGCUCCCUGGGACACUCCCAUCCAGACCUGCCUAAGAAAGGAUUGCCAUGCGCAAGGAAGAGAAAAGAAAAAAAAGAAAAAUAGCUACCUUGUUGAAAGAGAUUUUUUCUCUCUCAUUUGGCUGGUUGGCUUCAUGAUGGGCAGAGGAGAGAUUCUCAGGUGACUGAAGAGAAAAAAAAAUGUUAGGUUUCAUGGGUUGUAACAUACUGAUACAGAUAACUUUAAUAAAAGAAGACAUGAAAAAUAGAUUUUUGUUAUAAUAUAUUGACAACAACAAACCUUCAUACAGCAGUCAACAGAGGCUAGAAAACCUGCAGUUAUGACAACUAAGAAGGACUUGUGAAAAUUGUUCAGUGCUGCUUGUUUCUCUAAAAGUGGGAGAAGAUAGAUUUCAAAGCAUGAAGGCUAUAAAAUCAGGAAAGAAAAGAGCAGUAAUUCCAACCACCAAGUUCACUGUAGGAAAUUCAGUAUUUUACUUGAAUCUGUGAAAAAGGAAAAAAAAUCAAAUGAGCAUCAUUAGUGUAAUAAUGACUUCAAAAUUGUAUUUUGGAACACUUUUAUUAUUUUCUUUUUUAAAAAGUAUGUGCUUUCAGCUAGUGAUAUAAACUCAAGUCUUGUGGUAUAGAGGAAAUAAUUAAUUCUUUACAUAUGUUGUGGCAAGAUUUACUGGCUUUAAGGUUCCUUGAGUUUUAGUGGUACUAUAACUGUCAGGCACACAGAUAGAGGAUGCAAGUUCUCACUUCUCCUGACUUCACUUAUUUUGAAUGAGUUGUGCAUCAAUUGAAUCUCACAGUAGAAGAUUUACAUUUUUUUUAAUCAAGGCCUUAAAUGUACAUUUUUAUAGUCAGUAGAUGAGUUAAUGUAACGAGCAAUAUGCUUGACAUGUAUGCCUGAAGGAAAGGAACUGCCUAAUGGAUCAUGGCGCUAAUGUUUACAAGACAUUUCUUAUUUCUGUUAGUGUUAGUGAUGUUCGUUCACUACAGCUUUGAAGAAUCUAUAAGCAAUUAUUCUGAAUGGGCUGGUUUUGCAGAUGAUAUUGAUCAAUAUAAGACACAGCAAGUUCAAGAUUUCAAUAACCAAAAACUGAAAAAAGGGAGUUUCCGUCCAAGUUUAUAUUUUGAUGCUAGAGACAUCCAAGCACUGAGACAAAAGUCUCGAACAAGCCAUUUGCAUCUUUUUAGAGUUAUCAGAAGUGCAGUUACAGUGAUGCUGUCCAACCCAACAUACUACCUACCUCCACCCAAGCAUGCUGAUUUUGCUGCAAAGUGGAAUGAAAUUUAUGGUAAUAAUCUCCCUCCACUAGCAUUUUAUUGUUUGUUGUGCCCAGAUGACAAAGCUGCCUUUGAAUUUGUUUUAGAAUACAUGGAUAGAAUGGCUGGCUACAAAGACUGGCUAGUUGAGAAUGCUCCAGGGGAUGAGGUGCCACUUGGCCACUCCUUAACAGGUUUUGCCACUGCCUUUGACUUCUUAUACAACUUAAUUGAUAAUCACAGGAGACAAAAGUACCUGGACAAGAUAUGGGCUGUCACUGAGGAAAUGUAUGAGUACUCUAAAGUUCGUGCAUGGGGAAAACAACUUCUCCACAACCAUCAAGCCACAAAUAUGCUAGCUCUACUCACUGGUGCCCUGGUGACUGGAGUGGAUAAAGGAUCUCAAGCAAAUAUAUGGAAACAGGUGGUAGUGGAUGUGAUGGAAAAGACUAUGUUUCUGCUCAAUCAUAUUGUGGAUGGCUCUUUGGAUGAAGGUGUAGCCUAUGGAAGUUAUACUGCCAAGUCUGUUACACAGUAUGUUUUCCUGGCCCAGCGUCACUUUAAUAUCAAUAAUCUUGAGAACAACUGGUUAAAAAUGCACUUUUGGUUUUAUUUUGCUACACUUUUACCAGGUUUUCAGAGAACAGUGGGUAUAGCAGAUUCCAACUACAACUGGUUUUAUGGGCCAGAAAGCCAGCUAGUAUUCUUGGAUAAGUUUGUGUUAAAGAAUGGAGCUGGCAAUUGGUUAGCUCAGCAAAUUAGAAAGCACCGCCCUAAGGAUGGUCCAAUGGUUCCUUCCACUGCCCAGCGGUGGAGUACUCUUCACACUGAAUAUAUCUGGUAUGAUCCAGAGCUCACUCCACAACCUCCUGCUGACUAUGGUACUCCUAAAUUGCAUGUAUUCCCUAACUGGGGGGUUGUCACUUAUGGGGCUGGCCUGCCAAACACACAAACCAAUACUUUUGUAUCUUUUAAAUCUGGGAAAUUGGGUGGCCGAGCAGUGUAUGACAUAGUUCACUUUCAGCCAUAUUCCUGGAUUGAUGGCUGGCGAAGCUUCAACCCAGGUCAUGAACACCCUGACCAAAACUCUUUUACUUUUGCACCAAAUGGGCAGGUGUUUGUGUCUGAGGCCCUCUAUGGGCCCAAAUUAAGCCACCUCAAUAAUGUUCUUGUGUUUGCCCCAUCACCCUCAAGCCAGUGCAAUCAACCUUGGGAGGGACAGCUUGGGGAAUGUGCCCAGUGGCUCAGGUGGGCAGGUGAAGAAGUUGGGGAUGCUGCUGGAGAAAUUAUAACAGCCUCCCAGCAAGGGGAAAUGAUGUUUGUGAGUGGGGAAGCUGUGACUGCUUAUUCUUCUGUAAUGAAACUGAAAAGUGUGUAUCGUGCUUUGCUUCUCUUAAAUUCCCAAACCUUGCUCGUUGUGGAUCACAUUGAGAAGGAAGAGGAUUCUCCAAUUAAUUCCAUCAGUGCCUUUUUUCAUAAUCUGGAUAUUGAUUUUAAAUAUGUCCCAUACAAGUUUAUGAACCAGUAUAAUGGAGCCAUGAUGGAUGUCUGGGAUGCCCAUUAUAAAAUGUUUUGGCUUGAUGAUCAUGGCAAUAGCCCCAUAGCGACAAUACAGGAAGCUGAACAAGCUGCUGAGUUCAAGAAACGGUGGACUCAGUAUGUGAAUGUGACAUUUCAGAUGGAUACCACUGUAAGCCGAAUUGCUUAUGUGUUUCAUGGACCCUAUGUCAAUGUUUCCAACUGUAAAUUUAUUGAUAAUUCUAAAUCUGGACUUCAGAUUUCACUAAAUGUCAACAACAGUGACCAUGUUGUUUCCAUCGUAACAGAUUACCGAAAUCUCAAGACCCGGUUCAAUUAUCUGGGAUUUGGUGGUUUUGCCAAUGUAGCAGAUAGAGACCAAAUUAUCCAUUUUGGUUUAGGCACUGAAACUAGAGAGAUACCAGUAAGGAAUAAUAGUGUUGCUUUCCCCUUUGGUUUUAAAAUCAAUAUGAUAGUGGGGUUGAUUUUAGGUGUGAGUUUGAUAAUUUUAGCUUUUCAAUGGAGAUUUUACCUUUCGUUUAGUAAACUAAUGCGUUGGAUACUAAUCAUGGUUAUAACAUUGUGGUUCAUUGAACUGUUGGAUGUAUGGAGUACUUGUACACAGCCUAUCUGUGCCAAAUGGAGCAGUGACAUGAUGAGCACAGAGGCCAAGACAAGCAAAAGAGCCAAGCACUCUGAAGGACACCCCAUUGCUCUGCCAGAUGUUGUCAUUACCUCACUCCCCAGUUCAGGAGCUGAAAUCCUAAAACAGCUCUUUUUCAACAGCACUGACUUUCUGUACAUUAGGGUCCCUACAACCUACCUUGAUAUCCCUGAAACUGAAUUUGAAAUAGACUCAUUUGUAGAUGCCUGUGAAUGGAAGGUGUCAGAUAUCCAGGGUGGUCAUUUCCGUUUGCUCAGAGGCUGGCUUCAAUCUUUAAUCCAGGACACAAAACUUCAUUUACAAAAUAUUCAUCUGCAUGAACCCGGUAGAGGUAAACUCACUCAAUACUCCACAGUUAACAAAGACAAAAAAAGAAAAUUAAAAAGGAGAGAGUCUUUGCUGGAACAAAGAAAUAGAAUCAAAGGCACUUUAGAGAGAGAUGCUGAAUACAUUAGAGACCUAAGGAGACACCUUGUCUUUUACCCAAGUGCACGUCCUGUACUCAGUUUAAGCAGUGGAAGCUGGACAUUAAAGCUUCAUUUCUUUCAAGAAGUUAUAGGGCCUUCCAUGAGGGCAUUGUAUAUUGUAAGGGACCCUCGGGCAUGGAUUCACUCAAUGCUGUACAAUAGCAAACCAAGCCUUUAUUCCUUAAAGAAUGUACCUGAGCACCUGGCUAUGUUGUUUAAGGUACAAAGACACAAAGAGAAAUGCAACUUGAAUUCAGGCUAUGCUUUUGAAUAUGAAUCAUUGAGGAAAGAGCUAUCAGAUCCCGAAUCAAGUCCAGUGUCCUUACUGGCCCAUUUGUGGCUAGCAAACACAGCAGCAGCACUGAGAAUCAAUAAGGAUUUGCUGCCAACCAACUAUCAGUUGAUCAGGUUUGAAGAUAUUGUGAAUUUUCCACAGAAGACAAGCGAAAGGAUUUUUGCCUUUCUUGGUAUUCCUUUAUCUCCUGCUAGUUUAAACCAAAUAUUGUUUGCUACUUCCACAAACCUUUUCUAUCUUCCUUAUGAAGGAGAAAUAUCACCAACUAAUAUUAAUAUUUGGAAACAAAACAUGCCUACUGGAGAAAUUAAACUGAUUGAGGACAUCUGCUGGACAAUAAUGGAUCUUCUAGGAUAUCCAAAGUUUACGGACUGAAUGCUGCAGGUCGGCAGUCAUUUGCACUAAUGAUUUCCAACACAAUUUGUGGAUAAGAAUUAGAAGAGUUUGUUUAUUCUUGUAAAUGUGUGUGUAUAUAGUCUGCUACUUGCACAGAGAGAUUAUUUUAAAAACAUACACCAUAUUUGGCCUCACAGGAUUUAUUUUUACUUUAAAACAACUUUUGCUGCCUUUCUGUCAGAAACUUGACCAGCUAAAUUUUUUUUUAAUUUGUUUUGUUUUGAAGGGGUAAUUGGGUUGAGGGUGGGGUGGGGACUCAAAGGAAAAGGAAAAUUGGAGGAUUCAAAAGACUUUCUUCAGUUCUAAAACAGUUCCUUUAUCCCUGGACCUCAGAAACUCCUAGAAUCCUUGGAGUUGCUGCUUUACCCAAACUUUACUUACUUUCAAGAUGGGCUAGAAAAAAAAAUAUCCUCACCUUCUUUCAAAAGGCCCUGUAAUGUAUUUAUCAUACACAAUAGAGCUUAUUCUUUUACUCCCUCUUAAGAUUUAAUGAGUGGGGAGGUAGUGAAAGCUUCUAUCAAAUAUGACUGGAUGCUUUUUGCAAGUGGUAUAGAGGUAUAAACUAAUGUGUUUUGGAAAGAUGGGAAAGUAGUCACAAGAAAUGUCCCCUUAGACUUUAUCUCAAAAAUAAUAAGGAAUUGUUAGCUUUUGAACAAUAGAUAAGAUGGCUAUGACCUUCUGAUUGUUACAUUUUAGAAUUGGUAUUGAGUCACAAUGCCCUUAUUUUCUUUGCCUCCUGAAAGUCACAAACAUUCUUUAUUAUAUCCUUCCAUCCCUGCUUUUCUCUGAUCCCACAGGUCCAGAUGAUUAGCACUAUCUGUUUGAAAUACUACCCUUGUCUCCUUCAAUGGUCACUUUUGCACGAGUCCAAUUUAGAUUUAGAAUCAAAUUUUUGUGGGUUAAUAGAAUACUUGAGAAAUUUCUUUCAUCUAUAAUAAUUGUAUUUUUUCCUUUAACUACACAGUGAUAUUUUGCCAGUGUGUCUUUCUAAUGGAAACACCAUUUUAAAACUGCCUAACUUAUCUUGCUCAGCAUUCUUUUGAACAUGUGUACAUACUGUAAAUGUCUGCAGCUGUGCGAAUCAAAUUGGAGAUGAUGUCAGAGACAUCUGUUUCCUUUGCCAUCUGCAUUUUAUUACAAAUGUAGUCAUCAUGAAAUAUGGUUCAUUUUAUUUUUGUAGGAUUUGAAGUCAGAAUGUUGUGCUAUUAUAAUAUGCUGGUGGAGUAAUUGCAGUGUACUGGAUGAAAACCAUUAGGUAAUGUCAAGACUUGAUGAGAAUCUCUGUACAGAUUGCAGCCCCUUUCCUAACGUUUAAAUCUGUGGUUUCCCCCAAGCCUUGCAACACUUGUGACCUAGAUAAAAGUGGCUUUUUCUCAGUCAUUUGUUAUUAUGUCAAAAUGUGCCUCCAGCGUGAUAAAGCUGUUGAUAUGUUGCAUUCCAGCUCAACUUAACUUGAGUGUUGUUUUUCUUUGAUUAUAGAAAGGGUGAACAGGAGGUGGUUUUCCACUUCCUUUCUGAAAACUUGCUCAACAAAAAGUCAAACUAAGUAAAAAUUAUUUUUUUUUUUACUAGGUUGAGCAGUCACUGGGCUGGGCUUGAAACAAUUUACCCCAAAGUAAGAUUUUAUCUAACUCAUUUGUUAUGGUUAGGCAUAUGUAAAAUUGUUAAGUAGUAGCCAGAAAUAUUUCUGCUACUUGGAAGAAUUUGAAAUUUGUUUUCAUUGACCAGGAUUUGUGAUCUUGAAUAUGAAAGGGAGGAAAAAAAGGCUGUCAGCUGUCAUCAGCUUCUCUUGAACAUAAGAAUGACAAGUAAAGGGUGCAGAGGAAAGAAGAAAUGAUUUCUUACUGUUAUCACUAUAUGAACAACCAAUCUUAAAAGAGUGAGAUCCUAUGUCACUGUAGGAGGAGAAAAAGAACAAAGUAAUGAUGCUGAUAAAUACAUAUGUGUGUAUGUGUAUGUACAUGUAUGUGUGAACAAGUUUAGGAGUCUUAUUUUAAGACAAAAACCUGACAUUUCCUGUUUAAUCAUAGAAAAAUAAGAUAUGCUAUGUCACCAAAAUAAGAAUUUUAUUCUUCUCUUACUCCUACUAAAUUCUUUGACAUAUAUUCCUAUCCCUGAGCAUGAAUUGUUGAAAGGGUGUCUUCUUUAUUUCUGUAUUCUAUUGAAAUAACAUAACUAAAACACUUUGGAUACCUUAAAGUGCUACAUAAAUGCUAGCUAUUA